AUUUCAAUAAAGUUUUUUUGUACAAACCGGAAGCGUUUUUGCAGUUCAAAAUGGCGGCUCCCUUGUGGCUGUAGAAGCAACGUGAUUUUACACACUUAUUUAUAAAAUAAAUAGAUUUUAAAACAUUGAAUGUGCAGCAGGAGCAAAGUUAUUGGAUUGUAACUCGGUGAGAUCCUCAGCUGCACCAUGGCCUUGUUUAAACCCACUAAAGUCCUGACGUACCCCAGACUGGGGGAGCGCGUGACCGAGGAGACGCUGUACUGGAAAAACUACAAGGCUCCGGUGCAGAUAAAGGAAUUCGGUGCCAUCACAAAAAUCGAGUUUUCUCCUCAACCACCUCACAAUUACGUAGUGACGGCGUCCACACGGAUCCAGAUGUAUGGCUCUCACUCUCAGGAGCCACUGCGCAGUUACAGUCGCUUUAAGGACACUGCGUAUGGUGGGAGUUUCCGUGGAGACGGGAAGCUUCUGGUGGCAGGAAGUGAAGAAGGACUCAUUCGCCUGUUCGACAUCGGGGGCAGAGUCGCGCUGCGUCAGUUCACUGGACACUCCAAGGCGGUGCACGUCACCUCCUUCCUGUCUGAUGGAUAUCGUGUGCUAUCGGGGUCUGAUGAUUUGUCGUCUCGUGUUUGGGACGUUGCGAGUGGAUCAGAACUCUGUUCUUUCACCGAACACACUGAUUACAUUCGAGCUGCGACGGCCAGCAGACUGAACCCAGACGUCUUCAUCACCGGUUCUUAUGACCACACAGUGAAGGUGUGUGAUAUGCGGUCAGGGGGCAGUGUGAUGACACUUCCACACGGUCAUCCUGUCGAGUGUGUGCUGCUUUAUCCAUCUGAGGCGCUCGUGGUGUCCACAGGAGGUCGGUAUGUGAAGGUGUGGGAUUUGUUAAAAGGAGGUCAGCAGCUUGUGUCUUUGAAGAAUCACCACAAAACCGUCACAUGUGCGUGUCUGAGCUCCAUCGACAACCGACUGCUCACAGGCUCGCUCGACAGACAUGUGAAGGUUUAUAACUCCUCCUACAAAGUGGUCCACAGUUUUGAUUACGCAGCGUCCAUCCUCAGCCUCGCCCUCGCCCCUGGCGAUGAGAUGGUUGCUGUUGGAAUGGCAAACGGUGUGCUGAGUGUCAGACACAGGAAACACAGUGAGGACAAACAGGAAGUGGCCAGCAGGAAGAGGCGUGGUCCUGCAUACCGAGUCUUCGUCAAGGGGAAAAACUACGUCCCCAAACAGGAUGAUUUCCUGGUGAGCAAAACGGUGAAACAACAUCUGCAGAAACACGACCGACAGCUGAAGAGCUUCCAGGUGUCUAAAGCGCUAGACACGGCACUAGAGGGGUGGAGACGGGUCAAUAAGCCAGAAGUGACCGUAGCAGUGAUGAUCGAGCUGAACCGCAGAGGAACACUGAGGAACGCGCUGGCAGGACGAGAUGAACGGAGUUUAACCACACUGCUCAACUUCCUGCUCAAGAACGUAACAGAUUCUCGGUUCUCCAACGUGCUGCUCAUGGUGGCAGAUCUGAUCGUCGAUCUGUAUCAGCAGGUCAUCCCUCAGUCUCCUGUAGUUGAACGUCUGCUGCAGCGUCUGAUGGAGCUCCUGGGACGUGAAGCAGAACUUCAGCAGGAGAUGCUGCAGGUUUUGGGAAUCCUCGACACGCUCUUUGCCUCUCUGACCCCGAGGAAGGAGGCCACGGCCCCUCCGGGCCCUCUUGCCAUCCAGGAGUCCCACAUGCAGCACAUCUGAAGUGCAUUUGUUCCAAAUCCACACCACAAGAGCUCAGAGCUUCAACACCAGGCGACUACACAGACUUUCAUUCAGAUGAUUAUGGGUGCAGAUCUCAACAUCUGCAUCAUGCUGAUACACUCACACUCACAGCUGUUGUUUUAUAUGUCUGUAAAGUAAAAAAAAUACCUGUGAAUAAAUUGUCUUUCUUUAUUGA